GCCAAAAAGCUCUACGAGCACAAAUACGGCAAGGAUUCCGAAACCGGAUUGCCGAAGAGUGUGUUGAAAGGACUCUACUUUCAGAACAGUGAGUCCAGUUUUCACGAGGCGCUCUCCUCAGGCGACGUCUAUGUCAUGCACAGCGAAGAUGGGGUGGAGUUCUUCGGCUUUCGCAAGAUCGAAGCUGGAUCACAGCUGAUCAGUCCAACUGCUUGGAGGACUUGUUGGAGCAGCUUCAAUUGGAAGAAGACGGACUCGAAGUCCAUGGUCGAAGGAGAGAAGCUUCCUUUGUCAGUUCUGAAGCUGCUCACACAGGCCAUCACCGGCGCAGACUACAAGGGCUCCUGCACACCGAGA